UGUUCUUGAACAAUGUUAUCUUACAAAUUACCUGUACUUAUCAGAAUAAUGGGAGAUAAAUCUGGAAUGAUACAGGCGACAAAAUAAACUUAAUUUAGAACAUGCUAUUUAUAGACGUUUUCCACGAAAGGAAGUUAAUCUGCUGCAUUCAGCUUAAAGGUCACUGCGUUUCAUAAAAUUUUAGAAAGGAAUGGCCGUAUCAGGACGUAAACAAGUAGACCUGCUAGGAUCAGUAGCAGCAGGAUCAGCAGAAGAUUUUGAUCACUGUUGUGAGCCAUGCCUUACCACAGGGCAACAUAUAGAAGCUCAUGGAUUUUGUGUCACUUGUCAAGAAUACCUUUGUAAAAAUUGCCACGAUGUCCACAGAAAAACAAAAGUCUUACGAAAUCAUCAAAUUUUGCAGCGUAAUGAUUUUGAUAAGAUUCAAACUACAAGAAAAUCAUACAAUGAAUGCACUGAAAUGUGUCAAGUUCACAAAAAAGAGAUAAUAAAAUUCUAUUGUCCAUCACACCAUGCACUCGGAUGCAAUGACUGCAUAACUUUAGGACAUAGAACAUGUAAAGUUGAUUACAUACCUGAAAAGUGCUUAGGUGUCGCAGAUGGGAAGGAAUUCGAUGACGUCAUGCACAAACUCGGCGAAAAAUUAAAAGAAGCAUCAGAAAUUUCGAAGAAGGCUAAAGGCAGUAGAAGCAACAUAAAUGAUUACAAUAAAGAAAUCAUCAAGGCGAUCACUGAAUUCCGAAAAGAAAUAAAUGACCGCCUAGAUCUGAUGCAAAAAGAUGCUUUAGAUAAUGCCGAGAAAAUAAAGUCCAACACAAACAAAAUUAUUCAGCAUGUCCUUGAUACAUGUGAAAAUAUGAUUUCCGGUAUAAAAUGCUUGCAAUCAAGUCUUCAUGCAAGCAAAUCAAAUCAUGAACACUGUCAACUGUACAUUGACAUGAAGCGGGCAGAAUCUACACUGAAAUCAGAUGAAUUACAUGAAGAAAAAGAAACAUUAAUGCAUACCAAUAUGCACUUCUCAUUUCAACGAAAUUCGGAACUCGAAACAUUUUUCUGUAAGAAAAUGAUCUUCGGUGAGAUUGUCGAUCAUUCUCGUUAUGAAUCUACAAAAGGGACGAAAGCUGUUGAUCGUCUGAUUGGGAAAGGAGACAUCAAUGUUAAAACUUCAUCAGAUACGAAGGAAUGUGUAAUCUCAGGAUGUGCAGUUCUCAACACAAAUAAACUAGUUCUAGCUGAUAGUGACAACAAUAAGGUAAAAUUGAUAUCUAUAGAGAACAGACUUGUACAAGAAGAGAAAGCUCUAGCCUCGCGGCCAAUUGAUAUUGCUGUAAUGUCUCAGGAUCAGUUCGCAGUAACAAAUGCCAUUAAAAACCACGAGAUAGGUUUUGUCAUGAACAACAGACGACAAAAGCUAUCCAUGUUGUCCGCAGUAUUUAAAGUGGAAUAG